AUGGACUGGCUCGGCCGCGCCUCCCUAGACUUCCAUGCCUCCUCGUCUCCCAUCUCCUUCGAGACGCAGGAGGACGGGCCCAAGACCCUGCUGGACGUGGUGAAGGAGUCGACGCCCGCGUGCCAGCUGAACCCGCUGCUCUUCAAUGGGCACCUGCAGACGUGCUGGACGGCGGUGAACAAGGAGGCGCCGCCCGUGCACUACCGGCGGCGGGUCUUCGAGGCGGAGCACAGCUCGUACACGGGGUCCUUCGUGGUGGACUUCUACGUGCCGCCCGGGGAGGCCGCGCCCGAGGAGGAGGCCGACGGGUCCCUGCCCCCGCGCACCGCGUACUUCAGCGCGGAGGAGCUGGCGCGCCUCGAGGCCCGGGGCAGCGACGACGACAGGCCUAUGCUCGUCGUGCUGCACGGGCUCUCGGGCGGCUCCCACGAGGUCUACCUCCGGCACGCCAUCGCGCCGCUCCUCGAGAGCGGCAAGUGGGAGGCCUGCGUUGUCAACUCGCGCGGGUGCGCCAAGAGCAAGAUCACCACGGGCAUCCUGUACAACGCGCGCGCGACCUGGGAUACGAGACAGACGGUCAAGUGGCUCCGGAUGACGUUCCCGAACCGGCCGCUUUUCGGCAUCGGGUUCUCGUUGGGUGCUUGUAUUCUGACUAAUUACCUCGGUGAGGAAGGCUCAAACUGUCAGCUGAAAGCCGCGGUGGCUUGCGCGAACCCCUGGAACCUCGAGGUGUCGAACAAUGCGCUCAAGCGGACGUUCAUGGGCCACAACCUAUACUCCAAAGUCCUCGGCACCGCAAUGAGGAAACUCGCCGAGACCCACGCAGAGGAGAUCAGGAAAUACACAGACUUCGAUCUGGAGAAGAUCGCCGGGCUCACACAUCUGUACGAGUUCGACAGGGAGGUGCAGUGCAAGGCCUGGGGGUACCCGACCGAGAACGCGUACUACAGGGACGCGUCAUCCGUGGACGCCGUCAUGGCAAUCAGGAUUCCCUACCUGGCGAUCAACGCGACGGACGAUCCGAUCUCGGCAGAGGAAGCACUCCCGUACGGAGAGAUCAGAUCAAACCCCUAUGCGGUGUUGUGCACGACAUCGAUGGGCGGACAUCUGGGAUGGUUCGAGCCAGGUGGUGGACGCUGGCACAGCCGCCCGGUGGCCAGGUUCAUGAACUACAUGGCGUUCGAGGCCAAGCUGGACGACAUCAAGACCAACGCGACCGAUAAUGGUAAAAUCUACCAUGCAGGUGCGGAGUUUGACCCUAUGCGCCGGAAGAUGGACGUACCCCGGGAGUAG